AUGGCCUCUACACCGAACUACUCCGUCGCUCUCACGAGACGAUACCGCAACCUUCAGCCCGAGGUGAAGUGCUGUAACGAGUGCAGGCUGCGGAGGAAGGUCGAUCCGAUUUCUGGACAUUGUACACAAUGCGCCGCUCGCCAGAGAAGUCAGAGAGAGUCGAGCAGCUCGACGUCGAGUGGAGAGAGCGACAGGACGAUCAUCUACACCAUCGAUCAGCGAUCUGUUCAGCGUAACCAGUUACUGUAUACGUUUCUACAGUCCUACUUCCCUUCGGACCCGGAACCUGAAGUAUGGCUCGCUCGUCAUAUGAGCCCGCUGCUCGUCUUACCGGAGCUCGAUUUGUCCAGUCCAAUGAUGAGCGCAGCGAUAGACACACUCUGUUUAGCCCAUCAUGGCAGAAACCAACGAGAUCGGCAACUAGUAUAUGCGUCGCAAGAUGCUUACGGAAAAGUGCUGAAUUCCAUGCGAAAGGCUCUGAGUGGCAAACCUGCUUCGAGGGCCACUUCGCGCGAAGUCAUCGCCAGCUGCCUGCUGAUGAGUGUGUACAAUGACAGCAUACCCGGGUCGUCGAGCUUUAACAAUUACGCGACGCAUCUCUUUGGCGCCGCGCAAUAUGCCCAGGCUUGUGGACCUUCUUGCUUGGAUCCUUCGGAGCCCUUUGAUCAGAAGUUGCUCAUGUGGUUGCGGUUUCAAUCCUUGUUUGUUUGCGUUGCAAGACGGAAGACAUUCUUUUGGAGCUCGCAUGAGUGGAGGGCGAUGGAAAGUCGAUUUGAUCCUGGAGGCUCUCGGUCAUGGUAUCCUUUACUGGUUCCACUACCAGGUCUUCUAGAGCUCGCGGAUCGAUUGCUCCGUCAGCCUGGACGUGCGGCGCCGCAAGUCCGCGCUGCUCUAGACCUGUGUCGAGAUCUGGAUACUUUUCGAGAGAAACACCAUGAAUGGGCUGAAGUUGAUUUUGCCGGGAAACCUAGUGUUGUUUACGUGACAGACCCCGACGACUUCGACAUGGAGAUCGAAGAACACCUGUUCAUGACCACUAGCAGUACCUUCACAUCCUUCUAUGCGUUUCAUGACGCGGCCCAUGCCAUGAGGUGCAUGGUGUCUUGGUUCAUGGCUUUGGUUUCUGAUUGCACUCUUCUCCGCUUACUGGCGGCGUAUCCGAGUGCCCCGGACUACAUCAAACGCACUUCUAAGGAGGUUGAACAGAAAGCCUUUCAGUCUGCUACUGAAAUUUGCCGCAGUGUGUACUACUACAGCAUGCUGAAUUCGCUUGCGUACGCUCAUCUGCUUUGCGUUGUUAUCGAUCUCGUUCAGGCUUUCUUUGAAGAGUUUGGCUCGGUGCGAGAGGCGGGUUGGUGUCAGGCUUGUCUGAUUGCUACGAAUAUGCGGAUGCAGAGAGUGCGGCACCAAAGACAUGAAACGUUGUGCAGGGUCGGAGACUUGAACGGAGCGUUCACGAAGGCUUGUCGCUAUCGGACUAUGCCGGUGGCCGCGACGAGUGAGAGCAGUAUUCCGGGAUGA